AUUGUAUUCCGUCUGGCCCUGCAGCGUUUCCUUCUUUCAAGUACUUAAUGGCGUCCCUAGUUUCAUCAGUUAGUAUUUUAAGGCCAGUUUCUGCUUGGGAGGGUGGUGAGUCUCCUCUUUUAUAGUGGAAUAGAUUUUUUAUAUAUUUUUCCCAUGUUUUUUUAAUGUCUUUUCGGUCACACAUCAAUUUUCCGCUUUCGUUGAAUCGCUUACCUACGGUUUUUUCUUAUACAUUCCACUUAUUUCUUUAACUUUUUUGUGUACGUUGAAUUCAUCAAAUUUACUUUGUAGCUUCUCAAUUUCUUGACAUUUUCCUUCUAUUUCUUUUUGUUUCGUUUCUCUGAUCUUUCUUUGUAUUAAUCUGUUGAGUUGUUAGUAUUUUUAACACGCUUUUAUCUAGUUCUGCGAAUUCUUGGAAACUUAAACUGCAAGUCAAAUAGCAAGUGCGUUGGACACUCUCCUCUUAUUUACUCUACUUUAUCCGUGCGGUUUGCCCUCGUCCCGAAAUUUCUUUCACGAGUCAAACCUAACGGUAAAGCGGUCAUCUUGGCCCACUUCCUCGCGCCUUCCUUAAGCCGAUCCACAGUCUUCCGCAACGUUCAACGAACUCGACGCGCGCCAGAGUGCUCGGAAAUGAUUUACUUCGACGCCCGGUAUCCGACUUCGCUACCCGACAUCGUCGUUAAAACGUGCAUUGUUUAAACUAUUAUCAGCGCUUUUAUCUCGUCGUACGCGUUUUAACGUAAAAUUUUAACGACGGACGAAAAAUGGAUUCCAAGUCGCGUCAGAAACAGAACGGUAAGGUGCGCGAACGACUUCAGAAGUUCGAAACGUCGGCGGCGAGAAACUUGUACCGCCUCCUAGCCGGCCUGUUCGGCUUCAAAGUGACGCCCGUGACGAUGCCGUCCCCGAAACCGCCCGCCAGAUCCCCUAACGGGACCGUCUCGACGUCGCAACGGGGGCGCAAGAGCGUGUUCUGGGCUUAUUUCUGGUGGCUGUUCGGGGGAUUGUUCGGGAUGCACUUGUUUUACCUCGAAAGAGACGCACAAGCGUUUUUGACGUGGACUACCUUCGGCGGUUACGUGCUCGGAUGGUUGGCCGACGUCACCAAGAUCCCCAGGUACGUGAGGGAGUGCAACGAAGACCCACACACGAUCGAGGAGCUGUUUUACCGCAUGCGGAUCAACAGAAAGCCUCCCUUUUCCGCCAGCCGUUUCAUUUCCGCCCUGAUGAUAGCCUACCUUUGGGCCCAGUUGAUAAUGUGGGCGAUCCCGGAGGACGAGGUGGCCGGAGUCAACUGGAACACUUACUUUCACUGGUUCAUACCUCUCGGCUGUGCUCUAGGCGUUUGGACAGUGGGCAACAUCGGUAGCGAGAGAGGCGCCCCCUGGACGACCAUAGCGGUAUCUUACGUCAGUUAUCUCACCAGAUGGUAUUAUUUCGACGAGAAUAUAUGGCUGACGAUAAUGACGUUCAGCGCAGCCUUAGUCUUCGACGGGUUUUCCAAACAGUGGAAAAUAAAAAAGCCCAAGAGAAAACCGCUGUGGAAGAGAGUAGCAGUAGUAGGGCUUUGUGGAAUGCUCUACUGUGCACUAUGGGCUUCCUACGUGUACUUUAAUUGCAAGAUCACCGAUUCUAACGGUGAUGAAGUACCCGUCCAUCAAGCUAUCCAUCAUUUUUUUACCUCACCUUGGUGGACGGAUUUGAAACAGUCGCUGUACGACACCUACCAGUACGCUCAACAUCACGGCUGGUACGAAAUCUAUCUGCAAAUCAUAGACUUGUCGGAUCCUCAAGGCGAGCAGAACGCUUAUAAAGUUUUGGGGGUGAGUCCGACAGCGAGUCAAAAUGAAAUCACCGCUAGGUGGCGCAGUUUGAGUAGAGAAUUUCACCCCGACAAAGUCAAAGACCCAGAAAAGCAGCGGGCGGCUCAAGAGAAGUUCAUGGAGAUUCAGCAAGCUUACGAGAUCUUGUCCAAUAUCAAGAACAAACGCAAAAAACGGAACAAGAAGUCGGCUAAUGAAAACGAACACGAACUUUGAAUUGUGACGGUGCUUGAGAAGACUCGAGUACAGCGUGUAAUAUAUUUACGUUCUAUA